UUGCAUGGGACAGGCGUUCGCAUGACAGGGAUUGCGUUGGGUGUUUGUAUGCCCAGAUUUGCGCUGGCUGUUGUUUCCACAGCCAGUGCUUCAUUGUCGCCAGAUGCGAAUUACUUGCCAUGUAUGCUACAGCUAGAUGUUUCCAUGACAGACAGGUGUGGGCGAUUGUUGGAGGAACGUUGUGAUCCCAGUGCCAACUUUCCAUGCAGCAACAAUUGCCCGAUUCACACGCAUGGUGCUGAUUGCUAUCGGCCCAUCCCAGAGGUGAUGGCGGAACACCCAGGUGUUGACGGAUACUGUUACUUCAAUGCCACGGCAUUUUGGCUGGUCUACCCAGGUCAAAUGACAAUGGUGGAAGCUGCCAAUGAUGCCAUCAAGACCAUCAGGGGAGCUGAUUACCAGGGAGACAGCAGAGGUAUGCCCAUCCACUAUAGGCUGGCUGAUGAUGCUGGCGAGGCUAGUGAGGAAAUCACCAUAUGGAGCCAUAUGGAUUCCGCACACUAUUUGUACGAUGACCUUUACGGCUACUCCUUGGGGGUCCUACAGGGCCAAGGCUUAGACACCCAGCAGAUGUUCAACAGCACAAGCUGGACAGCAAGGUCACAGGAGAUGUGCGCCCACAUCCAGCGAACCUAUCAAUUCUCCAAGGAGGAACUGGUCUUGGCUGAUGCCCUUGAUGGAAAUCAAGCUCUCGCUGUGCGAACGUCCUGCGCUGCGGGCUUGCCAGCGCCUGGCAGCACUGUGCAGUCCGUGCUGGACAUGGCAGGCUGGCGCAGCCCGACGUCCUGCAGGCCGAUCUCACGAAGAGAUUUUGCCAAGCAUCACUACGUGAAAUGCUCACUGGGAUUCCGAAAUUCGGCUAUGGACAUGGCCUACUUACACAGCCGAGCUUGUCUGUUAGAGGGAAACCGGAUAGGACACCUUUCAGAAUGCCCAUAUUCCCCAGACUUGACGUGACAUUGUGAGAAGUUCAUCGCCACUGGCACGCAAUGGGGGCUCUCAUGAGUCUAAAGGCUCUCAUGAGUCAUGAGUAGAUUCCAAUGAUUUGUGUUUACCUUCGUUGCAAACAUGUGAGAUGACCUGGCUUUCAGCAGUUGGAAAACAA